UCUGCAGACCUGAUGAUGAGGACUUUUCAGUCAUGGCUCUCUACAAACUGAUCUCUGUGGCCACUCUGCUGACUCUGCUGACACCAGAGUGUCACUCACAACUUACUGUGUGCGGUCGGCCUCUGCUCAACACCAGGAUCGUUGGGGGCCAGGCGGCCCCUGAGGGAAGCUGGCCCUGGCAGGUCAGUCUGCACAAAUCUGGGAGCCACUUCUGUGGAGGAUCGCUCAUCAACAGUCAAUGGGUGCUGACUGCUGCUCACUGCUUCCCAACCCCCAUCCCCAGCACCCUGGUUGUGUACCUGGGUCGCCAGAACCAGCAGAGCAGCAACCCCAAUGAGGUGCAACGGACGGUGACACAGGUCAUCAAUCACCCCGGCUACAACUUCGGGACCGAUGACAACGACAUCAGCCUCCUGAAGCUCUCCUCACCGGUGACUUUCACCAACUACAUUUUGCCCGUCUGCCUGGCGGCUCCAGGCAGCAGAUUCCACAGCGGAACCGACUCCUGGGUCACCGGCUGGGGCAACAUUGGAUUUGGAGUGCGCCUUCCGUUCCCACAAACCCUGAUGGAGGUGGAGGUGCCAAUCGUGGGGAACAGACAGUGUAACUGUGACUAUGGAGUGGGCAGAAUCACAGACAACAUGAUCUGCGCCGGGCUCCGUGCUGGAGGGAAGGACUCCUGUCAGGGGGACUCGGGCGGUCCGCAGGUGAGCAAGCAGGGCGGAGUCUGGAUCCAGGAGGGAGUCGUGAGUUUUGGAAAGGGUUGUGCCUUGCCUAAAUUCCCAGGAGUCUACGCCAGAGUGUCCCAGUACCAGUCCUGGAUCAACGCCGAGAUCACCAGCAAUCGGCCGGGCUACGUCACCUUCACGUCCAGCGGGACCGACAGUGACCUCAAUGUCACCUGUGCUGGUCUGCCACCACCACCUCCAACCACCGUCCCUCCAACCACCGUCCCUAAAACCACCGUCCCUCCAACCACCGUCCCUAAAACCACCGUCCCUCCAACCACCGUCCCUAAAACCACCGUCCCUCCAACCACCACGGCCAGACCGGUGGUCUGUGGCCGAGUCCCGGUGAACUCACGUAUUUUGGGGGGCAGCUCCGUGGCGACGGCGGGCAUGUGGCCUUGGAUGGCGAGCCUGCAGAAGAAUGGAAGUCACAUGUGUGGGGGGACUCUGGUGGGCGUGGACUCUGUGUUGAGCAGCUCCAACUGCUUCUCCAGCUCUCCCACGCCGUCUGACUGGACCGUUGUGCUGGGUCGGUUGAAGCAGAAUGGAUUCAACCCCUUUGAGGUGAUGCUGAAAGUGAGAAAUAUCACCUUGAGCAACCUGACUGGGUCCAAUGUCGCAGUGCUGAAACUGGCAUCCCGACCCAGCCUGUCCGACUACAUCCAGCCCGUCUGCAUGGACGACGGUCGGACCUUCUCCGUGGGCUCCACGUGCUGGGCUGCGGGCUGGAACUCCGGGCGAGGAGGCGAGGAAGAAGUUCUGCAGGAGUUCCAGACCUCAGUGGAGGAUUGUGGGAACGCGUCAUCGUCCAGUGACAGCAUUUGUACCGGACUGUUCACACUGGAGCAGGGUGACUCUGGAGGUCCGAUGAUGUGUAAGCUGGACGGGUCCUGGUUCCAGGCAGCAGUGUUAUCAUCUGAAAACGCCACCAGUCAAACACGAGUAUCAUCAGUGAAGGUCUUGGUCAAACUGAGCCGCUUCCAGAGCUUUCUGUCUCAGACGGUGGGCUUCUUAUCUUCCAACACCAACACCAACACCACAGCGCCCACCAACGUGACCUCCCCCACCAGCGGGGGAGCUCCUGCUCACUGCCCCUUCCUCUUCCUCAUCCUCCACCUCCUCGUUUUCUCCGUGUGUCUCCACCUCUUCGUGUAGAAAACCACCUUUUAACUUCUGUAAAUAGUUGUUUACAUGACGUGACGAGCACAAAUCAAUGCAAACAAGCGGGAAUUUCAGAGACAAUUUAGCUGAAAGUGGCAUGAAUAAUCUUGGGAAUAGAGUGGUGAAGCUGGCCGGGUUCAACCACACAUCCAGGGUUCCCAUCGAGUUCAUUUUCUCCAUCAGACGACGACAAAUCAGCAGCAGAGAUGCUGAAAAACUGUCUCUUCUUCUGGUAAAACAGACAAAACUGUGUCAAUAACAUCUUUAAGAUAGAAACAUUCUGGUCCACUAACUUAAUAAUGCGAACGCUCAUUCAGGAUUCAGCUCCAUCGUUAAAAGAGAUCAUCUUUAAGAUCUUCAUGUUCUUCUCUAAGCAGUAAAUGUCACCACAGGAAAUACAGUUCAUUAUACUGGAAAUACAUCAGAUCACCUCAUUCAGUGAUUAGAUUGUCACAUAACAGAGAUUUAUUUAAAGGAAAAUCUGACAUUAUUAACUCAAGUCAGCCCUGGAUAUUAACAAUAGAAACCAGAGAUUUUAACUCAAUAUGUUUUCUUUUAAAUGUACCAGAGCACCAGGAUGAGAUAAUAAUUAUACAAGAUGAUUGGAUCGUGUUUCUGCAUCAAUCUGAGGAAUUCUCCUUUUUUGUUUGGUGCAUAACAGUAAACGUAUAAGAAAGAAUAAAAAUAAAGCCAAAUACUGCACAAGUCCAGAAAUGUAUUGUAAAUAGAAAAAUACUAUAAAUAAUAUGUGCAAUAUAUGCGUUUAAAAUGAAAGAGCUGGAGAGCUUUGUGCAGGAAUGAGAGAAAUAUGAAUGGAUUCUAAAGGACAGUGCAAUGAUGGAGAUAAUGGUCCUGAAGAUAAUGUAGCGUGUUUUGGUUCAAAGGGAACAUUAAAACUUUACUUUGAAGGACAGUAACCUCCAGCCGACGCCACUACUCUGUACUGUACACUGUAUACAUGAAGACAGGAAGCAGCUGAAAGCUCCACUUCCUGUUUGUUCUACCGAGACAUUCUGGUCUGAAAUGAAGAGUUCCUUGAAGCCGCACUGAUCAAACUAAUAUUAAUAUGUAUUCUAGUAGGUUUUGGAAGCUACGGGGACCAUAAGAACUGUUUUAUUAUUAUUAUUAUGUUUAAAUCAAUACAAUGAAGAAAUGUGCGAAAUCUUUGUAAUAUAUCAUUUGUACCUGCUGAUGAAUAUCUCAUCCAUUUACAGAACAAAAUGACCUAAGUGCCAUUAAUUAUGGAUCAAAUCCUCAUUUUAGGGCAUAAUAUCUGACACGUGCUCUCAAAGGACCAUUUCUCUUUGACAUAAAACACUAAGAUGGUUCUUACUGAUUACAGUGAUUCACUGUCAUCAAGUCUUUUAUAUGUUGUAGAUCUGAAGAGCAUCUACCUCAUAUCAUCAGGGAGCUUCUGCCCCUUAAUGUCAAAAUCUAUCACAAACAGUAUUUGCUCGACAGAAAAUACUUCAGCUGCACUUUAAACGCAUAAUUAUUUGGUUUGAACACUAAAUGACGAGUCUUGCCGUGAAACUCUUGUGUCCUUUAAAUGUGAAAGCACUUAAUCUGUUUUGUCUUUUUGUCACAAAAACCUUUUGAAAUGAAGUGAGCGUCCUCGUCUUCCUCUUCAUGCUGCGAGCACACCUUUUAUUUCUGAUGACAGACUAUGAAUAUUGGUCUUUAAUUGUUUUGGUUAAUAUCAUCAAAAUUAAAAGACAUGCAGAGAAAA